AUGUCUGCCGAGGCUUCAAAAAAAGUUCAAUCAGAUGAUCCCAGUCUGUCUCAAUCUGCCUCAAAACUGCUAUACCUAUCCGAUAAUUUGACGGAAUGGACAUCACCUUUGGAAACUGAUCGAAUUCUUCAUUCCACUUCACCAGACAUUUCCAGCAGACUGAUGCGAGGAAUUUUAACUUUGGGUACUCUCAGAACUACAGAUUCCGACGUUACAGUUAUGGAUUCUAAAAAGGCUGACAAGAGGGAUGCUUUUGAGGAUGAACUCCAGAGUAGUGACAGACAGGAUAAACUUAAAGUCAAUAUUGCAGGAACUACUGGCUCUUUACUCUGGCAAUCCGCUAAAGCCCUUAUAGCCUACUUAGGGAAACCACCUAAAGCAAUCCAUAGUUACUGUCAAAUCAGAGGAACUGGAUUUGCUUGUCAAGCUGUCUCAUUCACCCCCUUUGACUAUCCUAACUCUCAGCUGUUGUGUGUGCUCAGCCUUAGUCGGUUGGAGUUUUUUGAGACAUCAGACAACUCCGAUACCACCAGUGAAGAGAUUGGUGAAUUGUCUGAAGAUAUCGACGACAAGUAUGCCUUGUCACCUGAAGCUACUGACGAUAAGCACUUGGUUUCCAAGCCUUCCUUUACUAGGUGUUGGUCCUUAAGUCACAUCGACCCUAUGCCGCAUUGGCGAUGCCUCGCCGUUUCUAAGACUAGUGAAGAUCUUCCGAUGCCCGUAAUAGCUAUUGGCUAUAGCAAUGGGUCCAUUGAACUAAUAAACUCUGGCAUACAGGAACAGACCGAGACCGACGAUGCAGCUUUGUAUCCAGAUGCCUCGCUUAGACGAUCCCGCAUUCAUUUGCCCUGUUCAACAGAACUUAUUGCAAAAAAUCUUGUCAAUUUUGACGCCUCUUCCCUGCUCCCUUUAGCCUCUUUAGACUUCAUUGAUCAGGACCAUCUGCUAGUAGUUCAUAUAUCCGGAUUUCUGCAUAUCUGGAAGUUGGACUGGUCUUCAAAGCGCUUUCCAAUUCGGCUUCUAGUUAAUCGUCUCAUUGGGCAAACUCAGCACCCAGUCUUGGCUGCAGCAUACGACUCUGAAUCUAAGUUUUUUGUGUAUUCAACCUUGGUGAAUUGGCCGUUUGACACUAGACUCCACACCAAAAUUUCCUCGGAAGCUUUUUCGCGACAUGGUCUUUAUCUGUAUUGUAUUUCGGUCGAUCCACCCCACCUGAAACCCAGUGCUCCAAUCCAUUCUACGGCCGGAGACCUUGUAGAUUACUCAGCAGAUGAUCGCUGGCUGUUCUCUAAAGUCAUGUCCAAUCUUUUAUUUCUCUCUGGCCGUCUAGUCUCGAGCUUGCUCUCAAGUCAAAGCUCAAUGCGUGCUGCUGAUCCACAUACAGAUGCCAUCGUUAUGCUCCGCCUGACUAGGCCGUUUUCAGACGGUUCCAGUGGUACCAGUCUUCUUGCCGGUGGGCUGCAUUGCAGUGGCGCUGUGUCUGUCUGGCGUCUACCGAGCUGUGAACCCCUUUUGCUUCUAGCCGCACCUCUUUCAAAACUCACUGCUGACUGGCCUAGACCGCUAGCUGCCGACUCUGCCUAUUGCCUAGCCUGGUGGACACGACGUCAUAUGCCCACACAAAAUACGGACUUCCUGUUAGCUCUGCUACAAGUAGGAGGUCUUCUCACCAUUUUGGAUUUAACCGGUCUUAAAAAUCAGCUUACUUCAGUGUGCGACCGGAAGCUUGAUUGUCAGACUGGCCGAGAAGAUGAUAAAGGAGAUUGUUUUAAUUUAGUGGCUGACGAGAAGGAAAAAGAUGUCCCAGGCCUCCAGCUCCAGAGAUACUCGCGCUUCAUAAAACAUGUUGAUUUGUCGGAAUGUCGAUACCAGAGAACCGAUAAGACCUUGUUGACAGUCGAUUCUUGCGGCCUUGGUGGAGGUAAUGUUAUAGUGCUGCAAUGCCUAGAAAUCAACCCAAUGGCUAUGAGGCCUCCAAAAGAGUCAUCGCUGGAAGAGACUGCAGCUCCAGAAGCAUCACUUUCCAAUAUCUCUUUUGGUGCCAAAUUGUUUAUACGUUUUAUCCGCCUUCUUGAGCCGCUUCUCAUUCGAAUCAGGCUGCCCAGGCAGCAACUUCUCAGGUUAACCGGUUUACCUCCUUCUUUGUUGAAAAAAUCCUUGGUCAAUCCUAUUUCGUGCGAUUUGAAAGGCACUUCAUCCAGCCCAAUGACUGACACUGAUCCCGUCCUAGGUGAGUUUACUAUCGUUCGGCUUGCGGCUACCACAUCAGAAGGCUUAUUUCAACACUGUCUCCGUGCUGGAGAGUUCGCUGAAGCCUUUGCCAUUGCGAAACGUUCCGGAUUUCCGAUUGACAAUGUUUAUAAAACACAAUGGCUGCGGCCAUUUCUACCAGGCCAGAAGGUUCUUAGCUCAUCUGAGGAAUUUCUAAGCCAUAUUGACACCAGCUUAGCUCGAGUAUGCAAUGAUCCGGCUUGGGUGGUGCACCAAUGCUUGACACGAUUGCCCAAGGCCGAAUGGAUCUCGUCAGAAUGGCAUUCAAUUGACGUACUGCACUGUGUUCGACACAUGCUGGAACUCGGGUUAGAGCGAUUGAACUCAGCUGGUUUGGACAGCUCUGUAGCCAAGCACAGGAUUCAAACUCGUCUACUCAAUCUUUAUUUGAGCCACAUUUCGCUCUUC